AUGAUAAAUAGUAUUCUUCGAUGGAGAUUGAUCUGGGAUCUGGUGAAAGGGGAAAGCACACAACAAUUCGUCAAUGUAUAUGAAUCAUUCUUUGGGAACACGAACUUGACAGUCAUUAUUUUCUGUUUAAAUUGCCAACAAGAAAACAUAAAUUCCGUUCCUUUCACUUCCAGCUUGAAGCUCCCACUGUCUGGAGACAGGAAACAAAAAAAGAAAACUAUCAAUGACAAAUCGAACACUUUCUCUAGGAACAACUUAGGCUCCAAAAGUGCAAAGUGA